AUGUCUUCCUCACAGCUCCCGGCCUUCCUGUGGGACAAGGGCACGCUCACCACCGCCAUAUCUGAUCCUGCUUACCUAGUAAAGCUUCUCUUCUUCUUUGCACUCCUGAUGACCCUAGUCACUCUACUCAUCCUGGUCUGGAAAGUAACCAAAGACAAAGGCAACAAGAACAGAGGGCCAGAUCCAAGAAAGGAGGAAACUCUGCUGGCAUGA